CGCCGUAGGGAAGCGUGGUCGGUGCUGGGCACACGCGCGGUACGGAAGUGUGCUGAAGUGCACCGGAAGACGCCGGAGUAGAGCGAUGGCGGGUUUGACGGUUAGAGACCCUGCGGUGGAUCGUUCUCUACGUUCAGUAUUUGUGGGAAACAUUCCUUAUGAAGCUACCGAAGAACAAUUAAAGGACAUCUUUUCUGAGGUUGGGCCUGUUGUUAGUUUCAGAUUGGUAUAUGAUAGGGAGACAGGAAAACCAAAGGGUUAUGGCUUCUGUGAAUAUCAAGACCAAGAGACAGCACUUAGUGCCAUGCGGAACCUGAAUGGGCGUGAGUUCAGUGGAAGAGCGCUUCGAGUAGACAAUGCGGCCAGUGAAAAGAACAAAGAAGAGCUGAAGAGCCUUGGCACUGGUGCCCCAGUCAUUGAGUCACCUUACGGAGAGACCAUCAGUCCCGAGGAUGCCCCUGAGUCAAUUAGCAAAGCAGUUGCCAGUCUUCCACCAGAGCAGAUGUUUGAGCUGAUGAAACAAAUGAAGCUCUGUGUCCAGAAUAGUCCUCAGGAAGCACGGAACAUGCUGCUUCAGAACCCUCAGCUGGCUUAUGCUCUGCUGCAGGCACAGGUGGUGAUGAGAAUUGUUGAUCCAGAGAUUGCCCUGAAAAUUCUGCAUCGCCAAACAAAUAUUCCAACACUGAUUACAGGCAACCCCCAGCCAGUCCAUGCUGCUGGGCCUGGCUCAGCACCCGGUGUGCCAAUGAACCAGCAGAAUCCUCAGGCUCCUCAGGCCCAGGCUUUGGGUGGAAUGCAUGUCAAUGGUGCACCUCCUCUUAUGCAAGCCACUAUGCAAGGUGGUGUUCCAGCACCAGGGCAGAUGCCGGCUGCUGUCACAGGACCUGGCCCUGGUCCCUUAGCUCCUGGAGGGGGAAUGCAGACCCAGGUUGGGAUGCCAGGAGGUGGACCGGUGGCCAUGGAACGAGGACAAGGAACCCUACAGCACUCGCCCGUGGGACCCACCGGGCCUGCAUCAAUUGAGCGAGUUCAAGGUACCCGACCAUGGAUGAUAUUGGUGUCUGUCCACGGCUGUACUCCCUCCCUCCUGGUGUCAGGAGGCUUGGGUGGAACAACAACAGUGCCGAUGCAAGACCCCAGAGCAGCUCUGCAGCGAGGAUCUUUGCCUGCCAAUGUUCCAACUCCUCGAGGUCUUUUGGGAGAUGCUCCGAAUGACCCACGAGGAGGCACUUUACUUUCUGUCACUGGAGACGUAGAGCCUAGAGGUUACCUGGGACCACCUCAUCAGGGUCCACCCAUGCACCAUGUCCCUGGCCAUGAAAGCCGUGGACCACCCCCACAUGAGAUGAGGGGAGGGCCUCUAGCUGAGCCUAGACCUCUAAUGGCCGAGCCAAGAGGACCUAUGCUAGAUCAGAGGGGUCCACCAUUGGAUGGCAGAGGUGGACGAGAUCCACGAGGAAUGGAUGCACGAAGUAUGGAGGCUCGAGCCAUGGAGGCAAGAGGAUUAGAUGCCAGAGCAAUGGAAGCCCGUGCUAUGGAGGCUCGUGCCAUGGAGGCUCGCGCUAUGGAGGCCCGUGCCAUGGAGGCCCGUGCCAUGGAAGUCAGAGGGAUGGAGCCCAGAGGCAUGGAUCCCAGAGGCCCAGUGCCUGGCCCUAGAGGACCUCUACCUGGUGGAAUCCAAGGUCCCAAUCCAAUGAAUAUGGCAGUUGGCCCUCAGGGAGGUAGACAGGUCCCAGUCAUGCAGGGAGCAGGGUUGCAAGGAGGAAGUCUGCAGGGUGGAAGCCAGCCUGGUGCCUUUAGUCCUGGGCAGAACCAAGUCACUCCACAGGAUCAUGAGAAGGCUGCUUUGAUCAUGCAGGUUCUUCAGCUGACUGCAGACCAGAUUGCCAUGCUGCCUCCAGAGCAAAGGCAGAGUAUCCUAAUUUUGAAGGAACAAAUCCAGAAAUCCACUGGAGCGCCUUAAAAGGUUUUCAAAGCUACCUGGCAACAUAAUCUGGAAAUUACUUCCCUACUUUGUUGAAAUGUUGCAAAAAAGAUGACUUCAGCAUCCUAAUUCUUGACUGACUUGUUGGUGCCAGGUGGAGGAUUUCCAUCACCUUCUCUCAGAAAAAAAAAAAAAAACUGUUCCAUUUUGUUGUCUCAGUUUGUAACUUUUCUGUGACUUGAAAUAAACUAUCAACACCGUUUUAGUACACUGCAGAUUGAUACACAUGACCUUUUUUGGGUUUAAGCAGCUCAACACCAAGGGUAAAACCUUAGAUGUGUUUUCUGCCCUUCCUUCAGCAUUGUAAUUUGAGAUUGUGUUGUCGCUUGCUCUUUAGGUUAACCAUUCAUUCUUCUUGAUAAUACUUGAGAAUUUCUCAGAAGCAAGGCUUUCUUGAAUUUAUUAGUAUUUGCUUAAUUUGCUUCCAGCAAGAAUAAUAAGGCUUCUGCCUUUGGAAACUUUGUCAAACUCACAAGUCUUCUGGUAGAAAAUAGCACAUGCUUGGAGCUAUAAAACAAUUACAAGGCCAGCGAAGCAAAGAGUCUAGCACAGCAGUGUGCUUAGAAAAAUCAAAAUAUCAAAAUGCAUUUUUUUUGUCAAUAGCAGAUCUGAACAUGCAUAAUUCAGAAUUAAGACAAAGAUUGUGUUGGCACUGGUCUGAGUGUAUCAAUAGAGGACACUGUUGAAAUUCUCAUUGUGUAACUUCAGUAUGGCAGUCAACUUGUAAAGUUUAAAAACUUAGCUAUCACAUGUUUGAGGUUUAAAAAAAAGUCAAGUGAGCAAAAUAUGUUUCAUCCUAUCUUUCAGGAAAUCACUAACCUGCUGCCCUAUGUUAUAAACCAGAUUUAUUCUGGGAAUUUAAACAGAAAGCCCUGAAACUUUUGCAUUAUUCUCAAGACCAAAUGUAGAGAACAAGUAUUCAGGUUGCCUGUGAGGUCUGCCCUUGCUUCUUUUCUUGCAGAUAUUUCUGAAUAUAAUCAGUGCUCUAACAUGGGGUCAUCUGCCUAUUCUCUCUCAUAGUGGCAUUAAGGAGAAACAUAGUUUCUCUCCAUCAGGCCAACCUCAAGAGGUUAUAAGUUGCCUUAAUCCUUAGUGAAGUUCUAUUGGAACUACUUUUGAUUCUAUUUGUAUUCUCAGAAUCCUUCCCACGGGGCUAGGAUUAUGGUCAGGUGUAUUAAAAACCUGUGAAGACUUAGAGAGUGUAAUAGCAUAUUGCUUUACAUGUCAAGCAGCAGAAUGCAAAGAUAAUCAGCCUGAUAGACAUUGAAAUGGAGGGAUUUUCUAUUCUGAUACAAAAUCAUUUACAAUAGAAAUGUGCUGAGUAAGCUAUUUCUUAUUAACCUGGUGAAGAAAAUGUGCUGAAACAGCUGAGGAGCUUUCUGGCUAUCCUACACAUCCCCAGUUCAGCUUGGAUGACAGUGAUGCAUAGAGUUUAUUAUUUUCAUUAUCUCUUGUGUUUACUUCCAUGAAUAUCAGGAGGACCUUCAUAUGUUAAUUUUGGCAACAUACUGAAGUGUUGGUAUAUUUAGACAUUGAGAACAGAAUAAAGCCUUUCUCGUUAGGAACUCAUACAUUUCAGGGAACACUAACUAGCAUUCCAGAUUCAAAGGCCUUCAAGAUGAGAUUAUUUGAUCAAUAGUUCUCUAACAGAAACUGCAUUUUCAAGGUUCCAUUAUAUGUUUUCUCAAAGACACAUUAAACUUAAUUUAGGUAACUGGGAUUCAAGUGAACAAAUCAGAAACAGCAGUAGUAUCCCAGUCUAUCCCUACAGAAGCACCUAUCAGUGUCUUACUGGUGUAAUAAAACAGUUAACUACUAUGGGUCCAUGGGCUGCCUUUAUUGUGUUCAGACUAAUGACUGAAACACCAAUCUCACUAAUCCUUCCUGAAUAAUUAGUAACAAUCAUUUGUUCAUUCUUGGCCAGUUGAUGGUAGAAAAAUUGAUGCUGUAAUGCUAAUUCACUGGGUACGUUAUUGAAAGUCUAUAGUGUGUUGAACUCUGGGUAUACUGAAAUGCAGAGUUUUUUCCCUUCUUUUGAGGGCCUGAGGCUUCUUUCCUCCUAGUCAUUCGUGGUGACUACUAAUAUCCCAGAGCGCACAUGUGCUAAUUGUAGGCUAAGGUUAGAUAGAUGACAGAAAUAGAAAGCAUAAGAUGAACAAAUUUUGCUGAUGUCAUUUGAUGAAGCCAAAAAAAGCUAUUGAAAUUGUAAAGUCUUUAUUUUUAAACUAGACAUUAAUAAAUCCUUUUAAUAAAAACAGUGAUAAAGAGCCUUUGUGUUAAACAAAUAAGUCAUCCUAAGAUGCAGUUUAAGGUUUUUUUUUUUCCCUCAGUUAUUUUCAGCAGAAUAAUGGAAGCUGACAAGAUAGCUCACUUUUCAAUUAUAAUAGAAUUUCAAUUACAAUUUACAUACUUUCAGGAAUUUCUUUCCCAAAUGAAGAGCCCAGAAAUAUAACAAAAGACUCAUUCACUAAGCAAAGAAGAAAAUCCUUCAGUUUUUGACAAGCAGGAUUAAAGCAUAAAUUGCUGUUCACACUGGAUAAGAUUAUGUUAAAUGUAACAGAAUAUGUGUAGUUGAUAUUAUGUGGGGUUAGAGUUCUUGAUAAUUUUAUGCUCAUUGUUUAUUUAUGUUUAUGUUUUGUCAUUCAAUAAAUUUUUAUUUAAAAAGU